ACUAUUGCAUACAGAAAAUAUAGUGAGGGAAAUGUAGGAAUGAACUAGAGAGAGACAGAGAAGGAGGAGGAGAAGAAGAAGAAGACUACUGGAAAACGGCAGAAGAUCACCGCUUCAGAUCUGCUUUAUCUGCGUCUCUUUACCCAAUUCAAUUCAUUACUGUUCAAUGCAAAGCCUCUGAAAAUAGGAACUCCAUUUUCUCUACUGAGUUUUUACUCACUCAGUCAACUCAGUGCCACACUUCUCUCUCUCCCUCUCCCUCUCUCUUUUUCUGAUUCAUUGUGGUCUAGAUUUUAAAACUCAUAUUGGGUAUUUUCGAUUUUGAGAAAAGUUUUGAUCUUUGAUCUUUGCUGGGCACCUGUGAUCUUUAACGUUAAUGGUAGCUUUCGCCGGCGCUCAUUGGAGCUCCGGUGAGUCGCUGAGGAAGCUCCGGUGAGUGUUGGGGGAUUGGGUGAACAAAAUGUGUAUCUGAGAGCUAAAAGAAUUUGAAAAUGUUUAAGUCGGCGCGAUGGCGGAGCGAAAAGAACAAGAUCAGGGUUGUGUUCAAGCUGCAGUUUUAUGCAACUCAGGUAACAGGGGAUGCAUUGAUGAUAUCUGUGGUUCCAGCUGAUGUUGGGAAGCCAACAUUGAAAUUAGAAAAGGCUGUAGUUCACAAUGGGAGCUGUUACUGGGAGAAUGCAGUUUAUGAAACAGUGAAAUUCAAUAGAGACCAAAAAUCUGGGAAGAUCCAUGAGAGAAUCUAUAACUUUGUUGUGGGAACUGGGUCCUUGAAAGCCGGAGUUGUUGGAGAGGCUUCCAUUGAUCUUUCGAGUUAUGCAGAGGCAACCAAGGUUUCCUAUGUGUCCCUUCCCCUCAAAAAUUCGAAAUCCGGGGCCAUAUUGCAUGUAUCGAUAAAGAGGGUUCAGGAUUCUACAGUCCAGAGUACCAUUGUAGAAAGUGAACAUGCAAAACUUAACCUUCAGGAUAGGACGUUUAAGCCUCAAUUUAGCAAUGUGGAUAUGGACGACGGAGGUCUUAAAACCAAUUCUGUUGAUGAAACUCCAUUAAAUAAGACUGUUUCUCAUGUUCCCACAUUGAAUGGACGAACAGAAUCUAGUGAAUCUGAUACUACUUUGUCGAGUUCUGAAAGCAGCCUUGGGCUUGAUACACCUCGAGAAGUUGAAAUGAAAAAGAGUAAUGUUCAUGAGAACGGGGUUAGCUCCUUAUCUUCUCUGAAUAAUGGCUUGGUGCCACCGAGACCAGUUACUGAUGUGCCAGUAAUUCAAGAUCAUCAAAAGUCACAAUGGGAGUGGUUAGGAGGUUCCGUUCUUGAGGUAAGUACAGAUGGCUCGUUAAACAAUCCUACAGAAGCCCUUCUUGAAGCAUCAGAAAAUGAUUCGGAUGUCGUUGAAAAGCUUAGAUCAGAGCUCACUGCUUUGGCAAGACAGGCAGAUUUGUCUGAGUUGGAGCUUCAGACUCUACGUAAGCAAAUCGUGAAGGAGAACAAAAGAGCACAAGAUCUUUCGAGAGAAACUGUUAACCUCAAAGAGGAACGGGACAAGCUCAAAGAAGAAUGUGAAAAACUUAAAGCCUCUCAGAGAGAUAAAGAUAAGAAGUUAUGUCCUGACAGCAAGGAUGUUCAAGAUAUUGUCGAUGAACUUAGACAAGAACUGAAUUAUCAGAAGGAAAUUAAUGCGAAUCUUCAGAUACAACUGCAGAAGACUCAAGAGUCAAAUUCAGAGCUGAUUCUUGCUGUCCAUGACCUAGAUGAAAUGUUGGAGCAGAAGAAUAAGGAGAUCAUGAAUCUUUCGAUGAUAUGUGAUGAUGCUGUAAACUUGCGAGUUGCAAACUCAAAACACAACAUUACUGAUCAUGAAGAUGAAGAGCAAAAGGCGCUGGAGCAGCUUGUCAGAGGGCACAGUGAUGCUAAAGACGUAUUCUUGCUGGAGCAAAAGAUCAUGGACAUCCAACGCGAAAUUAACAUCUGCAGAAGAGAUAAAGAUGAGUUGGAGAUGCAGAUGGAACAGCUUGCGCUGGACUAUGAGAUCCUGAAGCAGGAAAACCAUGAAAUGCAUUAUAAAUUGGAGCAAAGCCAGCUGCAAGAACAGCUGAAAAUGCAGUAUGAGUGUUCAUCUUCGUAUGCCACAGUGAAUGAACUUGAAGGACAGAUAGAUGGCUUAGAGGACGAACUAAAGAAGCAGUCUAAGGAAUUCUCAGAUUCACUGGUCACCAUUAAUAAACUUGAAGCACAGAUAGAGGGCUUAGAGGAUGAACUAAAGAAGCAGUCUAAGGAAUUCUCAGAUUCAUUGCUCACUAUUACUAAACUUGAAGCUUAUGCUAAGAGCUUGGAGGAAGAACUGGAAAUUCAAGCACAAGGAUUCGAAACUGAUCUGGAAGCUCUGACCCUUGCUAAAGUAGAACAAGAGAAAAGAGCUAUAUGUGCUGAAGAAGAGUUGAGAAAGACACGGUGGCAAAAUGCUAACACUGCAGAGCGGCUUCAGAUGGAAUUUAAGAGGCUGUCCCACCAAAUGGCAUCAUCAUUUGAGGCUAACGAGAAAAUUGCUACUAAAGCAUUGACUGAAGCAAAUGAACUUCGUCUACAGAAAAGGCAUCUAGAAGAGAUGCUUCAAAAAUCUUCCGAGGAGCUCCAGUCAGUGAGAGAGCACUAUGAAGCAAUGCUGCAUGAACUUCCCUACCAAGUAAUUAUGAUGUUGGGGUCAGAAAUUAAUGAAGAAUCCAUGCAGCUUGAGAACGUAGAGAAGUGUACUGAGAACCUCUCCGAGCAAAUGUUAAUGCUUAAAGCUGAGAUUGAAAAGCUAGUAGCAGACACGAAGGUCCUCCCCGAGUAUGCAAAGAAGUGUGAAAGUUUGACAGCUGAGUUGGAAAACACAAGGAAAUCAAUGAAGGAGAUGGAAUUGAUGCUAGAACAAGGCAAUGGUGAAAGAACUGAGCUGGAAAAUCGACUAGCUUCAGUGCAAAAAGAAGCAGAGGAGUCUCUUAAAGAAAAGGAGACACUCGUACGGAAACUCCAAGAGGAGAUGGAUGUGCUUAGAAUUGAAUGUAGUGAAUUGAGGAGUUCUCUAUUUGAAGAUGAGUUGGAGAAAGAGAGGUUGAGGAAGCAUAUGUUGCAUUUGAAAGGUGAUCUAAAGAAGAAAGAUGAUGCAUUAAGUAGUUUGGAUAUGAAUCUCAAGGAUGCAAACAACAGGGCGAAGACUGUGGCUAGUCUAAAAGAGAAAAUCAAGUUGCUUGAGGACCAGAUCACGCUCAAGGAAAAUGCUCUUGAAACCUCAUGUAAUGCAUUUUUGGAAACGGAGAAAGAUCUUCAGACUAAAAUUGAAGAACUCAGUCAGAAUACUGCAAGGUCUUGUAAACUCCCAUCUGCAAAGGUAGCUACAGAGGCCCUCAGUGUGAAUUCUGGAACUACUGAACAAGUAAAGAGUUCUAGCAGUUUAUCAGACGAAGAAAUGAAAGCAUCCGUCUCUAGUGCCAAAGACACAGACAAAUUAUUGAAUGAAGUAGCAUUACUAAAGGAGAAGAACACGUCAAUGGAAGGUGAGUUGAAGGAAAUGCAACAGAGAUACUCGGAAAUAAGUCUCAAGUUUGCAGAGGUAGAGGGCGAAAGACAGCAGCUCGUGAUGAAACUACGCAACCGUAAGAAUGCACAAAAGAGCCUCGCUCUAAGCAGUCAGGCGCCUUUGCUUUAGAAAAAUCCAGAUGUGAAUUUGUUUAUUAAAGAAAUAAAACUUGAAAGAAGAAGAAGAAGAUUGAUUGUAUAUAUUGAUGAAUAUGUUGGCUAUUUCAUCUUUUCCCCCAUAGGAUAUACAUAUGCAAUACAAAAUGAGAGUAGUUUCAAUUCUUAGGUUAAUACAUGCACCCAUGUCUCCACAUUUUUGUGUAAUAUUGUUUCAUCUUCUUAUUGUAAGAACAAUAAGUGUUGUAUCAUUUUAGUUUUCUAUGCAUAUAUUCUUUUCA